AAAAAAAAACCACAUUAAUUUAAUAGUCGAAGACGAUGAGGCCCCAAUGCUUUUUUCUCAUUUUGAUUCUCCAUUUCAUCAUCCCCUUCCUUCUCUCCGGCGGAGCCUCGUCUGCCGGUCGGGUUUCGGCUCUUCCCAUCGGUUGGAAGGCAAUCGAAAACGUAAGAGAAGCUCACGUGCUAGAGAUCGGAAAUUUCGCAGUCACGGAGCACAACAAGGAGGCCAAAGGGCACCUUAAGCUCGACAUGGUGGUCGAAGGCCAGACGCAGAUCGUCAACGGCACAAAUUACUGGCUUGUGGUCGCUGCCAAGGACUACGUCGGCACCAACAUCUACACGGCCUGCGUGUUGGAGAAGGCCUGGUUGGAAAACAAUCCUUUUAAUUUGACGCUCUGGAAAAAGUUUGAUGACACCGAUACGCCUCAACGGAAUUCGUGUUGAAUCUAGUUUGAUCCUGCUACGUGUAUGAAAAUAAUUAAAUAAGUGAGAUCGCUACUUUUGUGCUUUGUUUUUGUGCUUUUAUUUUACCUAAUGCUUUCUCGGGAAAAUGAAGCCAUUUAGAGUGGCUGCAUGGAGGAGCGAUUCGACUCGACCCUCGAUCGUCUUUUUGGUUGGGGAGAAAAAUGAAGAGGAUAAGAAAAAAUUUCAUGUCAUUUUCCACGCUUGUUUGAUGAUGCAAAUGAGCAGAGCAGCGCCAUUUUGAAACUGUUUUGAAUAUGGUUUGAGU